AUGUUCUUUACUAAGAAAAAAGAAUAUAAAAAAUUAAUAAGGAAACUCAAAAGAAAGUUUCAUAGUGAGACUCUGAAUAAAAUUAAAUCCAUAGCAGAUAGCAACCCCAAAGAAUUUUGGAAUCUUGUUAACAAAAUCAAAUCGAGUCACUCCAAUUGUUCUAAUACAAUAUCGCAUGAUGAAUGGUUUCACUAUUUCCAAGACCUCAAUAAAAUUAAUUUUUCCUCGGACGAAACUCGUGUUGAGGCUCAAAUAGUAAAAGAUUUUCGUCUCUGGGCAAACACUAGCGAUGAAAUUCUUGACAAACCUAUCUCAUUACAAGAAAUUUACAACAUUUCUAGAAAACUCAAACAUAACAAGGCUAGCUCUAGCGACUUGCUAAACAACGAAAUUAUCAAAACAUCAAUCACUAGUUUAGCACCUUACUAUGUGAAACUUUUUAACACAAUUUUAUCUAGUGGUGUUUUUCCAAGAAUAUGGUCGGAAGGAUUUAUAACUCCUAUACAUAAAUCAGGAAGUAAAACUGAGCCUGGAAAUUACAGAGGUAUAUGUAUUUCUAGCUGUUUAGGGAAAUUUUUUACUCUAAUUCUAAACACGCGUUUAAACAAUUUUCUAGAGGAAAACAAUAUUUUGAAUAAUUACCAGAUUGGUUUUAGACACGGAUUUCGAACAUCUGAUCAUCUGCUUGUUCUUAAAACAUUAAUAGACUCUUAUAAAUCAAGUCGGAAACCCAUUUUUACAUGUUUCAUUGAUUUCAGAAAAGCAUAUGAUAGUGUUUGGCGAGAAGGCCUAUUUUUCAAAUUGAUAAAAUAUGGAUGUAGCAAAAAAUUUGUUGCAAUCUUGCUAAAUGUGUAUUCUUCUGUUAAAUCGGCGGUUAAAUUAGAACAAGGUGUAACCCCGUUCUUUCAAUCUCAUAUUGGAGUGAAACAAGGAUGUAAUCUGAGUCCAACACUGUUUAAUAUCUUCAUUAAUGAUAUACCUAAUCUGUUUAAUUCUCAUUGUGAUCCUGUAAAACUCGAUGACACUGAGUUAAGUUGUCUACUAUACGCUGACGACUUGGUAAUAAUGUCAGAUUCGGAAUCUGGGCUACAACGCUGCCUUCAUAAUCUUGAAACAUAUACAAAAAAAUGGAAAUUGCAA